AUUAGUAAUAAAUUUUCAUUAUUAGUUAGACGUUCAACCAGAACAGUCGAGUUUUACUUUACUCUGCAAGACUUUCAUGUUAGCGUGUAUAUGGUUUCUUUCUUAGUGCCGCUGUAAACAUAAUCUGAGCUGUGGUGAAUUUUUCGCUGUGUUUUGAGCUUCUCGAUCAGACUGCGCUAUCAACAAGUUACUGAGGCUGAAUUUGAAAAUCAAAUCAAUUUCUAAACUACAAAACGUAUCAAUUCCGGAAAUGACCGACCUCGGCGAACUAAACCGGUGCCGCUUGUGCUCCUCUGAGAACGGUCUAACCGACGUCUUCAGCGCUCCCAACAAGGACAAGCUUUUGCAAAUGAUCGCCGAGUGCACUUCCAUCAGGAUCACCUUCGAGAUGGACUUUCCCUGUGUGGUGUGCAGUUGCUGCAUCCGAAUUGUGAACCAGUUUCUUCACCUAUCGACAGAAAUGCCUGGACUACAACUGCGAGCUGAAUCGAUUGCGCGGAAUGAAGGAACCGCUGCUGGUUGAAGAAGCUGAUUCUAAGGAUAAAUCCGGUUCCAACCAUAAAUUUGAAGCAUUCUACGAGGACGUUCAGAAACGAAUACAGGAGUAUCUUGUGAUACAAGUAAAGGAAAUCGAACGGAAGGCCAUGGAUAAGGUGAAAGAGGAAUUGCAGGGACUCGAUGUUGGACAAGGAGAACACAAAGUUGAAUGCGUUACUGUAGAUACUGUUGAAAUAGGAAAGAGUGAAAUAUGCGAGUCCUCAUCUCGCAAACCAAUCCUUGACGAAAACAGCGAAUUCAGUGAAGGAGAUAUUAUCAGCGAGCGCAAUUCAGAUGCUGACAGUGCCGACGAGGACGACAGCCUAAGCAUAUCAGUGGAAAAACCGAAGGAUCCUUCGGACACUCCGAAGGGACGAGUCAGUAAGUUUAAGAAUCAUGCGAAAUGUACAGCCAAAGACAAUCCAGCAAAGAAGCUCCGAUCGAGUUCACCUUUCAGUCAGAUAUCGAGCGAAGCAUCAGAAGAUCAGCAAGAAACAUCGGCGGAGGAGAAACUAGCGGAAGCCCGGCGAAAAAUCAACUCACUUAUGAAGCAGAACUAUCGACUGGAACUGAAUCAAUUGCGGCGGGGAAAGUAGAGGGCCAGCGGAACCGGU